CCAGAUCCUCUCCCCCUUACCUUAUCUGACCAAUUCUUGGGACAAGGAUCUGUUGGCUUUUCCUAUAAAAAGAGCUCAUUUAAGCAGUUCUAAAUGUGAGAAUAGGCCCUAUUAAAUGCCCCUCGCUGCGGGUUACUCUGGGUCUGUGGUGAGAAGUGAGAACAGUGAGGUGCCUAUGUAAAGCUCGUGCCUUUUCUUAUCUUUGACCACUUGGCACGCUCACAGGGUUCCAUCAAAUCCUCAACCACAAAUUUUUAGGAAAUCUGAAGAAAACUUUUUACAUCCCAGUUCCACUAGCGAGUAAAACAAAUAAAAAAUGGUUUUUGGUUGUCUAUUUAAGCAGGGACACUAAGAUCAAUUCAGUGCAUUGUGAUAUGAGUGAGUGAGGUUGGUGAGGUUGGUUCUCAAAUCUCUCUUGGGCAAAUCCCUACUUCGGAUUUUGUGGGUGGUGUGUCUUUAGGGAAAAAGAUGAGUUAUUUGAACGUUGGUGCUAGUCCUGGAAAUGUACCAGUCUCCCAUGGCUCCAAUAUGAAGGUUCUGGAUACGAGGGUGAGGCUUGCGGAGUUGGUCUUAAGGUGUUUGAUAUGUUGUCUCGCACUUGUUGCUGCUGUUCUCAUAGGUUCAGACACCCAAGUUAAAGUAAUCUUCGCAAUUGAGAAGAAAGCUAGAUUCACAAACAUGAAGGCUCUGGUAUUUGUUGUGAUAGCUAACGGGAUAGCUGCGGCCUAUUCUUUGGUUCAAGCAGUUCGAUGUGUUGUUGGUAUGGUUAAAGGCAGUGUGCUGUUUAGCCAGCCCUUAGCUUGGGUCAUCUUCUCUGGGGAUCAGGUGAUGGCAUACUUGAGCGUGGCUGCCAUUGCGGCUGCUGUACAGUCGUCCAUGUUCGCAAAGUUAGGGCAACCAGAACUACAAUGGAUGAAGAUAUGCAACAUGUAUGGGAAGUUCUGUAACCAAGUUGGGGAGGGAUUAGCAAGUGCAUUCUUAGCCAGCCUUAGCAUGGUGGUCCUGUCUGGCAUCUCGGCUUUCAGUCUCUUCCGUUUGUAUGGCAGCAGUAAGAGUAAGAAUGUUGCUAGGUGGUAGGAUCAACUGAACGAAUUAUGCAAUCUCUAUCCACAAUGUUCUGCACUUGAGGGGAAAUGUUAUAUAUGUAAUCGUUGCUGUUGUUGAAGUAAAAAAAGGGGUUGUGCACUAGUUUUGUAAUAAAGCAAGGCUGUAUCUUCUGACAUUUUUAAUGUAUCUUUUACCAUGCUUAAUAAUCCAUUUUCUUACCUAGAA